GUGCACCCUCUCCCUCUGUUUCUUCCUCGUUCGAAGAAUUGACUUGGUUGGGCUGGGAAUGAGGGGCAUGGUCGGAGCCGGGGUGUUUGUGAGCAUUGUAAUAUCAUACACCAUUUCUGGAACAAUUUCACGCGUCCAGGGAAUUUCCACAAUCAAUCCUCUUUCUUUCCCUGCGGACCUUCCGGUGUCUUCAAUGGGAAGCGUAGCAAAAGCAGCUGAUUUUGCUCUCUCUCUCCCAAAAAAAAGCGAGGGAAUUAUAUAUAAUAUAUAUCCUUUUCCUUGCUCUACAGGCUUCCCCAUCUUCAUUGAAAAAGAAGAAAAAUCAGCUUCAAUCAUUAUCUCUCGGAUUCCCUGUUUCUUCUCUCCAACGACUCUCUUUAUUAGGUAAAAAUGGGGAAUUGUUUCCCUCAGUCGAAGAAAUCCACGGCGGAGAUCGCGCCCUGCGAUUGCAUCAGGCGUUUUAAGCCUGUUCCGAUAGCACCCAGGGUCCGGUUGUACGGUUCUGCUUCGAGUACACUCGCUGCCUACAUUCGGUUCGCAUUGCUUCACAAGAACUUGUCUCUGCAGUUCGUUCCCACCGAUAAUAAUACGUCCUCUGACAGCGAACCGCUGGUGCUCGAGAUCGGGUCUGAAACCGUGUCGGGUCACCGAGAGACGCUGCUCCAGUUCAUUGAGGACAAGUUCCCGCACCCCCCGCUGAGGUUUAGUUUGUUGGACACGGAGCCGUUGGUGGUUAGGGUAACGUGGCUGCAGCACAAGAGUAUUACAUGGCACUUGGAGAGAAUAGUGAGGUGGGCGGACGAUCUGUCAACACGUGGAGGGAGGAGGACGGUUGAUCCGGCGGUGGGGAGUCCACGGAUGGAACUGAGAAAGUUCGGGAAGAAUUACUCUCAACUGCUGGAGGUGAUGUUGGAGCAUGCUCAAAUGGAGGAGAGAGUCGUCUUUCCCGUGCUCGAAAGGGCUGAUCGAGGACUAUGUAAAGCUGCAAAUGAGGAACAUGCAAGGGACCUGCCAGUUAUGAAUGGCAUCAAAGAAGACAUGAAAUCCAUUGGAGUUAUGGACUAUGGGUCCCCUGCCUACAAUGAAGGGCUCUCCAAUCUUUCCACCCGACUCAAAUCAUUACAGAAACAUUGUAAAGAACAUUUCGCUGAGGAGGAGAAAGAUUUACUGCCAUUGUUAGAGGCAACGGAGCUGAGUGGAGAACAACAAAUGAGGGUAUUUGAACAGUGCUUUGAUGCAAUGAGGGCAACUCAUUCACAUUUAUUCAACUUUUUCCUUGAAGGCCUACUCCCAUCAGAAGCUAUGGAAUAUGUGGACUUGAUCAUGAAAUGCAGUGACAAAGAACUAACAGCCUCUAUGAUUCAGAUCAUUGCAAAGUAAUACUUUGUGGUGUUGGGUAGAUAGAUUGUGUGAAUAGGGAAAUUUGAACUGCAUUUAGUUACCUCUUUUUCUCAAGCCACAACAAAUGAGUUAAUCUGGUUGUGUAGUCUGUUGUUGGCAUCAUAUUGUACCUAUUGGAGAUAUUUAGAUGAUAAAAACUUAUUAUUAAUAAUAGAGAUAUUGAAGACAUGGUUCUAAUAUAUAAUAACCAUGUACUUGAGAACAAAUAUUUGAUUCCACUUUUUAAUGGACA